CUGCUCUCUAUUCUUAAUUUUACCAAAAACAGAUAAAGUCAUGGACAUUUCUUUAAUCAGAGGACUCACUUUAAUUUGUUGAGUUAUUUUAUCUAUUCUAUUGUUCAUCAAUUAUUAAUCCAACUAGCAUCUCCAUAAGAAGAAAAUGAAAAUCUCUUUUCUUCUAUUUUUCUCUGUCCAAAUAGUCAGAACAAAAAAGCAAGCUUAGACUUUAGGGUUUGUGGCUCCUGUACAAAGACACAGAGGAAAGAUGGUGAGAGGAAAGAUAGAGAUCAAGAAGAUCGAGAACGUGACAAGCAGACAAGUCACAUUCUCCAAGCGAAGGAAUGGCCUCUUUAAGAAGGCUCAUGAGCUUUCGGUUCUAUGCGAUGCUCAAGUCGCCGCCAUUGUCUUCUCUCAGAGCGGACGAUUAUACGAAUACUCUAGCUCCGAGAUGGAUAAGACGAUAGAAAGAUAUGGCAAGUUUAGUAAUGACUACUUUGUGCCAGGGAGGCCCCAAGUAGAACUAUACUUGCAGGAGCUGAAGAAGGAGAUGGAUAUAAUGGUGAAGAAGAUUGAACUCCUUGAACUUCAUCAACGGAAGCUAAUGGGGCAAGGUUUGGGAUCGUGUUCAGCGGCAGAACUUCAAGUGAUAGACACUCAGAUUGAGAAAAGCCUUCGUCUAGUCAGAUCAAGAAAGGCUGAGUUAUAUGCAGAUCAACUAAGGAAGCUAAAAGAAAAGGAGAGAGAGCUCCUGGACGAGAGAAGAAGGCUACAUGAAGAGGAAAUUAGAGAAAGGUUGGUGCGACCAAGGCUGCCAGUAACCUUACAUAGUGAGAAAGAUGAAACUGAGAGUGGUUGCAGAACCAAACAUUCAUCAGAGGUCGAAACCGAUCUAUUUAUUGGAUUGCCCGUGGCUCGGGUAUGACAGAUUUGGCACGUUCAUUAAGUAUGCUUAUAGUUUAAUUACUUCGAUUCGAUGCUUGUAUACUAGUAGUAAUAGAAUUUUAUACUUCAUCUAAUUUUUGAGUGUUAUGACUGUCUCUUAUAUAUGUAUAAACAGGUAAUAAUUUGACAUGUAUAAGUUCGUCACUUUGGUUUUUAUUAUGGAAUAUUUGUGACA